GCGCCCAUAGUUUAAAGUUUACAUGAGAAUUCGCAUGGGAAAAUUGAUUUUCACAUAAUAAUUCCUCCAGGAGUCUCCUGUUACCUCCUAAAAAUUUAUCGAUAUGUGGUUUCAAUAGGAAAUUCAACAGUAAAACAAUGUCUCGAAGACUGUGAAACGAUCUGACGCUUGUGGAAAAAGUUAUUAAGCAGAAACCGAUUGAUGGUCUGACGAUUGAUAAAAUAUUCUUUUUCUCUAGCGCCAUUGCUCGUGAGUAGGCCAAAAUACCGGCAAGUCAGCUUGCGAUUCGUUUUUGACCACCUGAAGGCCACACUCCAGGAAAAAGGUGGUCAUAACGAGCAAAAGUGAAUAAUUAAUUUUCCAAACCGAUUUUAUGGCCUUUGCAAUUGAUUACACUUCGAGUUCCGGACCCUGUAGUGACAGAACAGGUUUUACCUAAUUUUUUCUCCACUAAGGAAAUAUAUAGCAUAGUGUACAUUGCAUCAAUUUGCUAAGCCAAAUCAUGUUUCGAUUUCAUUAAUUCUUAUCAGCUUAAUCAGAAUUCCUUUUCUUGCAAGACAUCACGUAGGAUUGCUCAGGAACAUAAAUAGUGUUUUCGUUGCUUGGAGCUAGUGUCAAUCCGGCGCUAGCUCAGUCCUGUCACUAAGUUAAUGUCGAAUUCUGAUGAGACGAAAUCGAAACGCAAACUCAAUAACUAAUUUAGUUACAGAUUUUAUGUUACAGUUACAGAUGGUUUUAAGCAAUGUUCUCCUUAGUGGAAAACAAACACCUAAAUUUUUUUCCACUAAGGAUAGUGCAUUUAAAAAAAAUAGUCUCCACCAAAGUUCCAUAUAAACCAUGUCCAUCAUAAACCGUCAAAAAUAUUUUCACGACCGACGAGAAUUACAACAGUUCUGAUAUUUUAUGAGAAAAUACCAGCCAAUUUACCAAUCUGACAACACCAGCUUGAUAUUGUCUGCCAGGAUGGUAUUGGAUGUGAGUUGUGGGAAAACGGAAACUCAGGCACCUGACAUGCUGCCCACUUACUGCUGCUACAGCCGUAUUACUCCUACGCCUUCCUCGUAGGAGUGGGCGUUUGCGAGAAAGCGUGAGCGAAAACGAAACGCAAAUAAUGUGCACAAAAAAUGCUUGAAUGAAAUAUCUAUUUUGACCUUUUUCCUUCGGAAAAUGGGUGGCGUUGGGAGGAUAUUCGGACAGUUGAACACAUUUCACGCUAAGACUUCAAAGAGACAACUAUCCCAUGCGCAACGAUGAAGGCUUUAGGGAAAAACAAAUCAACCAUGAAUUUUUCUCCUUUCGGGACUCACUUUCCCGGUACCAUACCGGGGAUCCAUCAGUUCGCCAGCAGUGGGCUGGUAACUAGUGUACCGUCGUCCUCACAUGACACCAACAACCGAUACCAUUCCAUAAACUCCAACGUCAGUAUGGCUCAUUUCAAUCAAUCCCACGCUCCCAUUCUGGGGAAGUUCCGCCCAGAGGACUCAUCCAACGUGAUCAACCCAAAUAAGUACAACGGGCACACAAGUGCCCCCACAAUUACAACCACCAGUGGUCAGUACACGAUACCGUACAGUCAACAUUCGGAAGUGAGUGACCAUAAACAACGCAACAUGUACCCUCAAACAACGUCUGCUCUGACAUCCAUCGCUCCCGCGCAAUCGUCCCAGGAAAUUACGCAGGAUCUAAGCGCCCUGCUGCAACAAGCGGACAGCAAACGUGUUCUGCAGAACCCCAGCUGGCAAUCGCUGGCACCGGGAGCAUCCGUAGCAGAUUAUCUUUCACAUCUUCCGGGAACCACCCUUCCAUUGUCCCUUCAUCACUUCCUCAAAUAUUCUGCAGAAAACAUCAAAAAAGAAUCGCAAAACUCACUGUCUACGAUUGACAUGUCCCAGACACAGUCCCAAAACUUGAACACUAACAAUGUCCAACAUUCGAACGGUAUGAUAAUGCCUGCAUCGCAAGCGAUAGCAAGUAUUUUAGGGCAUCAGAACCAAAUUGGACAGCAGCCACAGCAGCAGCAUCUUAACCAGCAAGGUCCUGCUACUAGUUCCGGAACGGUGAAUGGGGCAAACAAUGCAAAUGGUACUGGAGAAACUGGGAAAAAGAAAAAGAAAAAGAAGAAGAAACCACCGAAGGAGCGUAAGCCACGGCCGAAGCCCGGUGAGAUUCAGGUACGAACGGCGCUCGACGGAAGCCCACUGUUCUUGUGUCCCGAGUGCCAAAUGGCAUAUCCUGAGCGGGAGCUGCUAGAGCAGCAUUUGAUCGGACACAAUCUUGAGCGUCGGUUCAUCUGCGAUAUUUGCAAUGCGGCACUGAAACGGAAGGAUCAUCUAACACGUCACAAGCAAAGCCAUAACCCCGAAAGACCGUUCGUUUGCACCAUUUGUCUUAAGGCCUUUAAACGCAAGGAACAGCUAACCCUCCACAUUGUCAUACAUUCAGGGGAAAAACGACAUAUCUGUCAGGAAUGUGGCAAAGGUUUCUAUAGAAAAGAUCACCUUCGCAAGCACACUCGUUCCCACAUUGCCCGUCGGUUGAAGGCCGAACUGCAGGCACAACAGGGUGGCACGGAAGGUACCUCGACAACAGGUUCAUCACGCGCUAACAAUCAGCCGAAUCAGAACCUUCAAAAUACCACCCAACAACAGCAGCAGCAACAGCAGCAAGUCCCUCCGCAGAUUCAGCUGCAACCUCAGAGCACAAAUCAACCCCAACAACUGCAACCUCCUCAGUAUCACCCUAUUCCUCCUACAUCGCAAAUGAUGCCCUAGAUGGAUUUCUGUUGAUCCAUCGGAGAACUGAAGCAAAUAAAUUUCACUCUUUCUGUCGCUGUCGUGGUUCAGCUUUUUUACUGAGCAGAAGUAUUUUUUGUGCGGUUGUCGUGAUUUUGGUAGCAUCUACUUGACUUGUAUUUAGCAUAAUCGAUAUCAAUAAUGAAUUAGAGUUAAAUGUAUUCGUGCAAUUCGAUCGUUUGUUUCGUUUAGUUGCUCCAACGGAGCAAAACUGUUUUAUGUUUAACUAUGUUCCUUCGUUCCAUUCUAGUCAAAGCUUUAGAAACCAAAUUAGACUAAAGUAAGUUUGUUGGUUAAUGUUUGAUCGCGCAAAUAAUUUAAAUUCCAAAUUUUGCUUUUGUGUUGCAAAUGAUCCUGUAGUUCAAAUAUUUAGUUUAGUCUUCUAUUCAACUCUUACAACAUACGACUAAGAAACUCAUAAGAAUACUGAUCUUAUACAUGUAAUUUAUUUAGAGAAUAAGGAGUCAUGAUCCAAUAAAACUAUACGCAAUAAUAUUCCAAUAAA